GGGGUCCAACCAAUGCUCAUUAUCUUGAGUGUCACACCCUGGAGGCCAUAAUAGAACCGGUCCCGUAGAAGUAAGUGAACGAUUUACACCACAUUGUUUUAUACGGGAAACACCAUUGUUUUUUGGGUUUGCCCCUCCGUGGACAUUUACCUCCCUUUACCUUGGACUAUCUUAUUCCCUGUCUUUGGUGAACCUUAACUCCAAAUAUGCCCAAAACGGUCAAUGUACGCGUCACCACCUUGGACGCUGAGUUGGAGUUUGCCAUCCAGCAAAGCACCACCGGCAAACAGCUCUUCGACCAGGUUGUCAAAACUAUUGGUCUGCGAGAGAUCUGGUUCUUUGGUCUCCAGUACAUUGAUACCAAAGGAUACACAACCUGGUUGAAACUCAACAAGAGGGUCUUGAAUCAAGAUGUCAAAAAAGAAACGCCGGUUCAGUUCAAAUUUAGAGCGAAGUUUUUCCCAGAAGAUGUUUCAGAAGAACUAAUUUUGGAAGUCACACAGAGGAUGUUUUUCCUGCAAGUGAAGGAAGGCAUUCUGAGUGAUGAGAUAUACUGUCCACCGGAGACCUCCGUCCUGCUGGCUUCCUAUGCGUGUCAGGUCAAACAUCAAGGCAAGGAAGGUGUCGACCUGGCCAAUGAUACGCUCCUUCCCCAGAGAGUAAUUGAUCAACAUAACCUCACCAAAGAGCAGUGGUACGAACGCAUCGCAAACUGGUACGCAGAGCACAAAGGAAUGCUUGUAUGUGACGCCAUGUUGGAGUAUCUUAAAAUAGCACAAGAUUUGGAAAUGUAUGGUGUGAACUACUUUAAAAUUAAGAACAAGAAGGCCACCGUGCUGUUAUUAGGUGUGGAUGCCCUCGGACUCAAUGUGUAUGAAGAAAAUGAUAAAUUGACCCCAAAAAUAGGAUUCCCAUGGAGUGAAAUUAGCAAUAUCUCCUUUAACGACAAGAAAUUUAUCAUCAAACCUAUCGACAAGAAAGCACCUGACUUUGUGUUUUAUGUAGAGCGUCUUAGAAUAAACAAAAGAAUCCUUGCACUUUGUAUGGGAAAUCAUGAACUUUACAUGCGCCGUCGCAAGCCUGACACUAUUGAAGUGCAGCAAAUGAAGGCACAAGCCAAGGAGGAGAAAAUGGCAAAGGAGCUUGACGCACUACGACUACGAGAGGCAGAGGAUGCACAGCGACAAGCUGAGGAACAACGCCGCCUGGUGGAGGAAAAACUCAUCAUGAGGGAGGAACAACUCAGGAAGCGAGAGGAGGAACUCAAACUGCAGCAGGAUGAGCGUAUGGAGGUUGAGAGGAAGCUGAGUGAUAUGGCCUUGCUGUCAUCAGCUGUAGAAGAGAAACAGUCGAUGCUGGACGACACCACCAGACGCAUGGAAGACCUCGAGUCACGGCUUGAGAGUAUGAAGGAAAUGAGUGAAGCAGAAAAACAAAAAUUGGAGGAGGAAUUGAGGGAGAGAAUGGUUGAGCUGAGGGAGCAGAAUGAUGCCUAUCAAACACAACUGCAAGAGCAAGAGAAUCUCCAGAUAGAGAUUGAGGCAGCACGUGUCCAGGCUGAAGAGGAACGCCUUAUGCGCGAGGAGAAGGAACGUGAAUGGAGGGAGUCUGAACAGGCACGCAUCGACAUGGAAGAGAAACUAUUGCAGAUGAAGGAGUCUGACAGUGAAUCGGCUGAACUUGUUGGGGACCUUAAUGCUCCACGUCCAGAGGAGGACCGAGAUGUGUACCAAAAAUCUGAAAGCAAUAAGGACAGACUUGAGUCUCUGAGUGCAGAACUUGAGAGGGCAAAGAUUGACGGAAAAGAAACAACAAACGACAUCCUUCACACAGAGAAUGUCAAGCAGGGUCGUGACAAGUACAAGACACUAAAACAGAUCAGACAGGGCAACACCAAGAAGCGAGUGGACGAGUUUGAAAGUCUUUAAGACAUGCACCAUGCCAUGUCCUUUGUGAUUGAGCUUGGGUGUAGCGACACACUUGUAAUGUUGCUCGGCACUUGUCCAGAUACAGUUAUAUAUAGACUUAUGGGACAGAAAGGAAACGGCUACAUCUCCAGAACAAAUGUCUAUUUUUUACUUGAGAAUGUAUAAGAUUCAUAUCAGUUUGUUGCCAGUAUAUAUAUAAUAUAUAUAUAUAUCUGUAUGACAUUUAUAUGUAAGUAUAAGGGGAUGUGUUGGAAGUUGAAAAAUAUGGAGAUAAGUUUAACAAAAAAUACUAUUGAUAUUUCAGUUUCCUCUUAUGUAAAUAUUCUAGUAUAUAAAAGGUAUAUAGAGGUUUGCCAGUACAGUGGGUCACAGUGCACUGUGGGUGUGGUCAAGGUAUACUGUCUCUGAUCACUCCCCUACCUGUUUCCUUCUCUUUGCUUUCACUUCCUCCUACUACAAACUAUUAUGUAAAUUAGUUUUGAAUGCUAAACCUUGACAGAAUUAUUGUAUUUGUAUAAUCAUGCACUACUAUUUAAACAUUUUCUCCAGCUUCAAGUGUCUUGUUAUUUUCUAAUUUCUGUUAAUGCAAUUGGUUCACCUGAAUCCUCUUGGUCAAUGACUGUGUUCUUUGUCAUAUAGAGCAAAUUAUCGUGGAUAAUUCAUUAUUGUAUUAGGUAUUGAUAUAUCUUAUUUAAGUGUACUAGAUUACUUAUGAAAGUUGCAGAAAGCAUGAACAAAGUACGCUGUUCGGCCACAAUUUAAAAGGUUUAAAGAUCUUUAAAGUUUGCACCUGUAGCUUUGCUGGAACAAGAAUGACAGUGCAGAUAGAUCGAUUAAUUACUUAUACAUCUUAUUUUCUACGCUUAACAAAUCAUAUUUCUUACAAAUCUCCAUAUUUAAUCUUGGAUUACUCAAUAUAUAUUAAAUUUCAACAGGUCUUAAGUUUUUUUUGUAGAUAUCAAAAUAUUACAUAGAUACCAUGAUAAUAUAAAGUUUGUUGUAAGAAUUUUCUAUUGUACUAUGAAAACCAGUUAUACCGACCAGUUGUAUUUCAUAAGAAGUUGUGGGGACGCCUGUUGUAUGACAUUAGAGGUGGGGCACACUAUGAUGGCGUGUCACAAUGUCCAUUCCAGUAGAAUAGGGUUGAUAUUUAAUCAUGGGAAAUAUACUUAGAAAUGCAAGUUAAUUAUUCCCUGAUCCUGCUGAGACCAGAUUAUAGAAGACAACUUUCAAGCAUGAUAAAGAAAGUAAAACACCUACCCUAAUACCAUUUUCAUUAUUUAGUUAAAAUUAUACACAGAAAAUGUAUUCAAUUUAUUAUAUUUCUACUGUAAUAAUAUUACUUUUUUGUUAAUUUUUUAUGUGAUUGGAAAUUAAUUUGGUCAUGUAUUUACAUGUGUAUUUCAUUUUCAUGUUUUGGAUGGUAUCUUCGUCAUAGCUGAUAUUAUAUAUCUAUAUAUAGUUAGUAGCUUCCUUAUUUGAAAAGAACAAACCUUUUUACAUUAAUCAUCACCCUUGUUCUUUGUCCUCGUUGUUAUUAAAUAUCCCUUUUUUUUUUACAUGUCUUUAUUCUUUAUUUAGCUUUCAUAUAGCUGUUCAUUACUCAUAGAGCCUAAGCAGAGUGUAUAUGUUAUGUUGAAGGAACUAUUGGGUUAUACCAUGUUACCGUUUUCAGCUGUAAAAUACAGGACAGUCUAGUGCUAAAUUUAUAUUAAGGAGUCUACAGCCAUGAAACGGAACAAGAUAUCUUCAUUCCAAAACGGAGCUGUACAUAUGAAAGUGUAAAAGUGCAUGUAUCUAACAAAUUAUCUUAACUAUAUACUAUAACUUAUAACAGUUGCAGGUUGCUUACAGAUAUUAAUUACUGAAUUUUUGUAGGGGUAUUUUAUUUUAAAGUGGCAAUUAGUAUUUGCCUGAUGAAUUUGUGAUAAUGUUGAUUACAAAGUUGUUCUUUGAACGGCAGUUUAGUUGUAAUGGUUCACAGUUUUUGUAAUGAAAUCUGCAGGAAAUAGGAUUAUGAUGUAUAUGAACUCAUUCACCCCUGAAGACACAUUUGAACUCUUCCAAUUCAUAGGUUGGAAUAGUUCAUUAUUAAAUUUCAGGGGUGAAAGAGUUAAACCUCUUUACUUAUUAUUCAGCUGAUAUGAUAUGCAGUACUUAACAUUAAUAAGUUCUCAAUUGUUUGGCAUAUGUACUGACCACAUUUAGGUCUCGAUGAUAUAUUCAGUUUUAGAAAGUGCAGAGUAAUGUAUGGGAUGAAAACAAGUGCUUUAUCUGUGUGGUCACAGACAUCUUUGUUCAUUUUCAUUAAAGUAUCGGUGACAUCAUGUUCAGUUACAAUUAUCAUGAUAUGUAACACUAGGGGGAAAAUCUUGUGUUCAUGACCUGUGUGAAACCUUCCGUGAGUUUCUUGUUUAAUAGUGUCACAUUUCCUAGUGUCCCCCCCCCCCCCCCCCCCCCAUACUACACCUUGGUGAAAUCCAUUGCGGUGUUGUAUGAAGGAUAGGCUAGAAGUAAGCAUUGUCCAUUCAGUCAUUGUGAUAAUAGCUGCCAGCUAGAGAUGUCAAGUCCUUACAUUUUUUAUCAUUAUUAUUAUAUGACUGUCUUGGGUUGUGUAAGUCCAAAACAUAAUUGCCUGAUAUUAUCACGUGUAAUUAGCUAUGCAGUAUUGCUGGUUGUAAAAAGCUUCAACAAAAGUUCAACAUCCUUCCAUAAAAUUAUAUGUAAGGUCGAAUAGCAGGGAUAGAUUUAUGUUUAACAUAGUUAAUUUUGUUUUGUUUAUAAAUAAAAGGUAGUAAAUUGUGAUAACAGCCAACUUUAGUAUCUCAAGGCUGUGUGAAGUACCGAAGUAUCUUGCCUGCAUAUUUAUCUAUACUCACCUCAAACGACGAAGGCUUGUGGGAGUGACAAUGGAACUUUAUUUGUCAGCUAUUUAUGAUCGUCACAAAGGUGGACUCUGCAUGUUUUCUCUACUUACGUCUACUGAACUAUCACAAUAUCAGCUAAACCAUGGCCUGUCCAUUGAUGCAAAAAUGCUUGCUCCAAAUAGUAUUGUAGAUUAUAUUAUUAAUCUGAGAUGUCUCAUGGAAAACGUAUACCAUCUAUUAAAUGAAUAAUGAUAUGUAAUUGUCAAAAUAAAAUCAUUGGAGUAAUGGUA